CGUGUGCUAUUGAUAAAUAGCGAAAGUGGUGUGAAAGCCCCAUGAGCCUUUCAGAAUUUUGCAAAACGGUCACACUGUGAUAUUCACCCAAGAUUAUUUCGCGGUAUUAAAAUGCGUAUGCAUUGAUAAGUGGAAGUUGUUUACGAUCGACAACAAAUAAGGGACACAGUAAAGCUGUAACACUUUACACAUUCCAAAAUAUCUGAUUUCAGGACCAACAUGUAUCCAGUGUCCUUUGCGGCAUUUCAAAAGUUAAUCGUUAAUUUGCCAGAUAUUGCAAGUGAGUUGAGAAUUGCCAAUGGAGACAAAAAAACGGUGGCCGAGUGGAGCCGAUGGUACUACCAAGAGUUCUACCGGAAUCCCAGCAUACGGACACGAUUCCCUUUCAAGGUAGCGCCGUGUCCCAGGCGGACACGUGACAACUUGCUGAAAGUGCCGGAGCCAGGAGCACUGUCACAAAACGAGGCUUCAGACGUGGAAACUGCAGGACCAUCUCAAAUAGAGCAGCCCGUAUCCGACUUCCUAGUUAAAGGCAGUCAAUCGACCUUCUCUGAAACCUCGAAAAUGAACAAUGCAGUUGAUUGUGAACCACCAGGAUCGGAAUCUGUCGAAGUAAUUGUUAAUGUGGAGAGAUGUGGCACCUUCCGUUUUCCGGUAUCAUUUGAAAAAUUCGAAAAGUGCAUCAACAAAAUGUUACUCUUUAAAAAAAUUGUAAGGAGCCUAGAACACUGCCUGGUCCUCCUGUCCGAUGAUGAGUGUCGUCUUCGUACACUGCAAAAGUUUUACAACCGCUUUUACAUGUAUCCAGAAAAGCGAACCUCAACAAACUUCUUCAAUGAAUCGACAGAAAUCCCUUUGGAAAAGUUGCUCGAAUCUGGCAAACCGUUAGACAAAAAAGCGAUGAAGACCAUGACGGAGCUCGCUGUAAUGAAAUCCCUUAAGAACAAUUCAAUCGUCAGCUUCGAGCUGUUUAAGAAAAAUAUGGCAAACCUAUCGGACAUUGUGGAGCAAAUGCAGCGGCUUGACGAUAAUUAUGCGAAAAAAGACGUCCAGGAGUGUGCCCUAGACUAUUACCUGGCGUUCUACAUCACUCCGAGGAUCCGAUAUAAAUACGCAUACAAACUAAAGCCAUGUAAUUCGGCUGUGAAGGCCUGCAUGCUGUCCAUUCUCGGCAAAGAUAUAGCCGAAAAGCUUAGGCAAAGCCUACCCCAGUUGGCUACUCCCUCUCCAGGACUUGAUUCGCGCAGGCCAAUGACUUAUUGUAGUAGUGAGAAAGAAGGUUCAUUAAUUUCUCAGAACACCAAUGACUCUUCACAAAUCCAAUCUAGUCCCAGUAAGGGCGAAGGGGUAUCCCAGUUAGCUACUCCUACGCUAGAGCACGAGCUGCGUGUCCCCAAAUCUCCCGAGAAGAGUACUGCAGAAGUUAGUAGCACGAAUGAAGGCCUAUUGUGGGCACAUAAUGCCCAAAUUUCCCAAAACCAAGCUAAUCUCAGGAACGAAGUCAACAAAGUAAGCAGAUCUAUGCCGGCACUCGCUACUAGUUCGCCAGAACGCGAUCUGAACAGGUCCAAAGCUCCCGAGAAUUCUGCUAAACUCCUAAGUCCCGAAGUCAAAACCCCUCAAAGCAAGGGGGUUAUUACUCUACCCUUAGGUUUAGAACUGCCCAUGCCCAAGGCACCUGAGAGGCCUGCUUCGAUAACCAAAGCUUCUGACGAGACCCAAUCCAGACCUGAAGAGACCAAAGAUUCUACCGAAGUAUCAGAGGUAUUCUUUGUGACGGAUGUUGAAGUGGACCUUAAAAAACAUGGACGCUUUAUUUUUCCCGUUUCACUUGAAACUUUUCGUUAUUAUAUUAAUUAUGACGAGAUUAUCCGACCAAUUCUAUUAAAUAAUCAUGUUAAAGACGAACAUCAACUGGCAAAAUUAAGUUCUGAUCCCUCAAAUCCCCAAUGCAAAAAAUUUUUCCGUCAGUUUUAUAAUAAAUUUUAUGCACGCAACGAUGUUCGUAAAAAAUUCAAUUAUAAAUUUAAUUGCAUUAAUCCUAAGAUGCUGGCUAAGCUUACAGAAAAAGCUAAGCCACUGGAUGAGAAGGCCCUUCUUACAAUGAAUAGAGCAGAUAAUGGAAAGACCCAUAACGAACCCAAAUGCCAGGAUUUUGCUCCUGAAGAAGCACCAGAAAAUUGUCCCCCAAAUCCCAUUACUUUAGAGAUGUUUAAACGUCAUGUAAGGAAUCUCGAUGAUAUUGUUAUUGAGAUGCAGAAAAGCGAUAAGUACAAAGAAAAAAGCAAGGAGGAGGUUAUUCAGGACUACUAUAAGGGCUUCUAUUCUGGAACCGAGAUGAGGAAGAAGUUCGCUUGCCGAUUUAAACCAUGUCCCAGCAGAAAGCUAAAACAAUUGCUUAGUUUUCCACCGAAAAUCAAGGAGGGAUACCCAAAGGACCAAAAUUACAGUGUGGCUUGUACCACAGAAAAUACAAGUGAGGAAAGUUGCCUGCAGUCAAACAACCAAGACGAGUUCGCUGUAACCAAGAAUGUGAAACAAAAAACUCAAAAUAUCGCUAAAGAGAACAGACCAACAGAAAACGGAAAUAUACUGUCCAGAAGGACGCCUAAUUUGGCUGACGACAAGCACGAAGAAGAAAGACUGCCAUGUCCCGUAUCCUUAGAGAUAUUUAAACGUCAUGUGAGCAAUCUAGAUGAUAUUGUUAAUAAAAUGCAGAAGUGCGUUGAGUACAGAGGAAAAUCCAAAGAUGCGGUUAUUCACGACUACUACAAAGGCUUUUAUUCUGGACCGGAGAUGAGGGAAAAGUUUGAUUUUCAAUUUAAGCCGUGUACCAGCAAUAUGCUACAACAAUUGCUUAGUUAUCCAGAGAAUAUUGAGAACGGUUGUCUACAGGAAACGAAUGGCUUUGCGAGGUGUACCACAGAAAAAACCCGCAAGAAAAGUUGCGUUGAGUCCAAUAGCAAACCAACGUUAACUGUUCGUAGAAAUGCAUUGGAAAUCUUAAUGAAAAGCAGAAAAAGAACUGACAUCGUAAAAGAAACAAUCAAAAAACCGAUGACUAAACAAAACCAGUCUCAGUUACAACCAGUGCCUAACCAUGAAGACGCAUUAGAUGUCCCGGAAGCUGUCACUGAGCCGAAUCUCAAGAAUCAAGACAUAAAGUCAGCGAAAAUGCAGCAUGAACAAGCCGUUACGGAACACUCAAGAUAUUGUAGUCUUCGUAAUGCUGAAAGGCUUUCAGAUCUGUUGAGCAAACAGAAGACAGAGUGGAAUUAUAAGGCCCAUAACUUUCUCGAUAAAUUGUUUGAUGGUAUCAACUGCCCAGUAACACAAGCUUUUCUAAAACAACAAUAUAAAAGGUACGCCGCAUUCCAAGGAAACAAAAAGACAAAUAUUUAUACCAAUGCCGGCCACAUUGCAUCCGACACUGCUGAAGACAAAGAGCCACAAUCGGAUUCAAAUUCAGUUGACUUUGAAGGUGUCCGCAUAGCUCAAGCAGCUGACCCACAAGCAACAAAAAUGCAUACAAAUCCUUCUAAGCGGAAAGCGUUGGAACCAAGUUCGAAGACAACGAAAGAAAGCAGCUCUGUUAAAUUAAAUGAUUCUCUUGAAAAUCCGGCUCAGAUGAAAAUAAUCCAUGCUGAAUCAUCUGGUAAUUUAAGACACUCCCCGAACAGUUCAAAGGUCUCAUAUAUAACUACCACUGGAAUUGAAAGCGGAUCGACAAAAAUUCCAGAAGAUGAAGCAAUGGUUACAACAGACGUAAAUCCUGAAAAUGCAACCAGUUCACCACAGAACGAAGGAAAUCAAUUUCUUCUCGAAAGAGCAAAGGAAUUAUUUUUUGCGGAAAGUAGCAAGGAUCACAACCUGAAGUAUUUGAUCUGCACAAGUGAUGGGUUGAUGAGAACCAUUUGGCGCAUACUCUACCAACUAAAUCUUCAAGAAUUCUCCUAUUACACGAGCAUUCACGAUGCCGAGGUCUUGUACCAAAGCGAAGACGACUUAGAGCGUUGCUUUAAGCAUGUCGUGGACCAUGGCAACUGGCCUGUAAAUCUAUGCGUAUUACUGCCACGUUUGAAGCAACUGCUUCACAAUAAGGGAGUACACCUGGAAAGGCUAAAUCUGUCCAAUAUAUCGCCUAAAAUAGUGAGCCCUUGGGAAUUAAGUUCCUACUCGGAUUUCGAUCUCAUCGUUGAACAGGAGUACAUGCUGCGCUUUGGCGAGGAAAUUGAUGAUGUGUUGCAAUUGUGCCAAGAGAGAGAGAAACUAUAUGCGUCCUGUUGGGCUAAUAACCAGUGGAUACCACGAGUUCCACAGAUCGCUGAUGAGACACUGAAUGCUGAAAUCGGAGUGGUGGAGCCAGUUCCAGAAAAGAUUUUUUUGAAGAAAAUAUGUGGCGUACAAGAUGGAGAUGUGACUACACCAACUGAAGUAGUUUCAGUUCCCACAAGUCCAAGGACUGUUUGUGCUUUAUUAUCGACCCAACAUGGUGAAGAUGAACUUAGUCAGCCGCCAUCACAGCUCAACAGUUUGAGUUUUGUGGACGUGACGAGUGUUGAAUCUGCCUCGCAAGUUUUACAAACGGCAGUCGAUCCUCUAAUAUCCGAUCAAAUUGAGGAAACGUCACAGGUGCCAAAAACUCCAACUAACACGGCAGCGUCAUUGCAAAUGGCAUCUGUCAAGCAGGAACCCAUCACUUUUCUUAAUAACCAACGGGCAAUUUGCGAAACUGAAAAAUGUCAUUGGGAGCACAUCAAUCCCGAGGAACAGACGAUAGACAUAGACGCCAACGAAAGCGAUGGACCAAGUCUGUCCUGCUUUGCCAUACAGAAUCAGAAUUCCGAGGACCAAAUUGAUUUUAUUCUAGAGGAUUCUAUGCCCGCAGACGAGCAUGAUUACGCCAAGAAAACCGAUCCGCCAAAAGCCACAGAUCCUGCUGAAUUGGGGACCAAUGAAAACACGUUGAGCGGUCGUGAUAAGUCAGCCUUUCAGGUUUCUGUAAUUCCUAAAAAGAGACAGGCAGUCAGCCCAGUAUUAAAUUGCAAGCGAAUUAAACUGAUGAACGACAAGGUUCCGCAACUAAGGCACGAGUUUCAGCCUUUGCCGAUGGCUGUGGUCCAGAAUAAAGCGGUUAGACUUUCCGGCUCUCAAGAUAUUAGGACUGCAAAAACCAAACCCACGGAAAUACCUCCAAAUCCUCAAAUAAACAUUACUCCAUCGCAGGAUUUCGCAGUCGGCAAUACACUGUUGGAAUGCUCCGAGCUACAAGAUCUACUAGAUUCUAACGAUGACAGUUCUUGCAAGGUAAAUAAAGAAGAUCAUCCGGUUUCUACCAUUGCUCCUACACCGAAGCGCCAUGUCGCUUCCUCUCUCCAAAGCAGCGUUGUAUUCCGCGAUCUUGAGCAAUUCAUAUUUUUUAAAUCGCUAACUCUAGAGCAAAUAAUAAAGCACCAAAUCGAAGGACAUCUGCCUGGGGCAACUUAUCAGAAGGCGUUGGUCAAGGUCAACGAUAAGUUGUGCAAUGUCAGGGGUCCUGUGAUCGCAAGUCUUUUUCCCUACCUCUCGUCCACGUUGCGAUCUCAUAUGGAGCUAGUGCUCUAUGAUUUGGGAGAAUUCUGCUACAAACACAGCUGGCCGGCACAUAUGGAUGCCACAGUGGACUUUCGCAACCGGGUUUUAUCCGUAUUCAUGAGUUUAAGCCCGAAAUUCGCAACACUUUCCAUUAACUUCGAUAAUGAAACCAGGGAAUGGGGUACCUGCAACGAAGUCACCACGGGUGAUAAGCCAAUAGACCAACGGGAUACUACCUUCAAUGCAGUAGAGUUGAUCAAGCCAAACAUUCUGAACAGUAUCGAAAAGUUAAAAUGUAAAUCGGUUACUUAAAAUUCACCGAAUCAUUCAUUAUAUGGCAUUAUUUAUUAUAUAAAUUUGUUAUUUGAAUAAAU